GGAGAUAAAUUCUGAGAGCAAAUUCAUAGGAUUCCGACUGUGCUACUCAACCCCAAUCAAAACUCGUUAACCUCCUGCGACGUUCUCGCGUAUCACACCUAGCAUUCACUCGACUAAAUUGUAUCCCACGGCAAGAUCGAAAGCCUCGCAAUUGCGACCUAAUCAAUGCAGUCUGGAUGCAUCGCAGAAUAAAACUAAUUUCAAAACCUCCAUACAGAAUCGUCCAGAAGUAGAGCGAUUGCACCAACUGGUACUUCGCAAGCAAAAAAAAAAACGUUUCAAAUUACCCUAAUUUGCAUUUAAUUUAACGAAAAAAAACACAAUUUUUUGCACCAUUAGGCAGCAAUUGUUCAUUUGUUGGAGAGGGAAAGUAUAAAAUUUCCUCUCACAGAGUAAAGCGUCCAAGAUAAAUUAUCUGAUUUCUGCGUGAUCGCAUCGUCGUGACAAGUGGACAGCUGUGAAAGAGCGAUGAAUGAGUCGGGAAAACUGUUGCUGCUCUUCGCCAUGGUAAAAUGCAUCCCUGCGGUGGUACGCCUCCAUUGCGAGAAACGCGUCUGUACCGUGUACAAUCUCCGUUCGAGUGAGGAUUCGUUCGUCUAUCGAUACUUCCCGAACGAUACGAUCACGGUGGUACACAUCCAUCUGCAGGUGGAGUAUGCGGACCGAGUGUUUCUUGAAGACAUUCGGCCGUCCAUCGAGUCGGUGGUGAUAACGGCAUCAGCACCGUUGGCGCGAAUCAGUCUCUCGGGACGGAGCAAUGCAUCGUCACUGACCAUUGCUGAUACCGGCUUGAGUAGGCUGGACGUGGUGGAGGAAAACCAUCAACUGCAGCAACUGCUGAUCAUGAACAGUCAACUGACCCGUGUGCCGGACAUGAUCGGUCAGUUGAGGGGGUUGGUAACGCUCCGAAUCAAGAACAGUCCCAUCGUCGAACUAGAUUUGACACAGUUUUGCCAGCUACCCCGGCUGUACUAUUUGGACGUGAGGAGCAAUCAAAUCUCGCACGUCUUUCGAACUGCGCCUACCAAUGUCCGCUGUCCGGUGCCGAUCGUCUACGUUUAUCUGGCAGAAAACAACCUGUCAGUCUUAAAUAUGACCACGUUCGAUGGGUUCACUCGGCUAAAGUAUCUGGAUCUGCACAACAAUAUGCUUCAUUCGCUUACCGAUUCGUUCGUUGGUCCAGUGCUGCAAGAUCUUCGACUUUUUAACAAUAACCUAACCACACUAAGCUUCUGUCAGUGGUACGUUCCGGAGCUGCGGCGGCUAGCGCUCAGCAUGAACAGGCUUACGGGCGUCCCGAAAUGUAUGAUCAACGCACCGAACAUCUCGUACCUGAACUUGUGCAGCAACAAUAUAUCCAGCGUGACGCUCGCUACCUUUGCCGGGAUGGACAAUCUGCGCUAUCUGGACGUGUGCAGGAAUCGGCUAACGUCGGCAGUGCUGAACAGCACCAGCUAUCCAAAAUCGUUAGCAACGGUUGGGUUGGGCCGCAAUAGGCUCACGCAGCUCGAUUUGUCGUGGGUACCGCUGCGCAAAGUGCAUCUUGGUAUAGAACAUAAUUUUAUUUCACAAUUUGACAUAAGCAAAGUGUCCGCUAAUGUCACCACAUUAACAAUGACCGGGAAUCCGAUCGACUGUUCCUGGAGCGCUCAACCCGUGCCUGGGUUGCUCCAUGUUGAUCGUGCGUCCGCACAGUGUGUGCGGGAUGGGGAUUAGGUUUGGUUUUGUUUAAGUGAUAAAAUUAUUAAUAAAAAGAAUGAUUUAAAUAUACAUCGAUUGCUCUACCCAAGCUACGCGUUCCUGUAAAUUCGUUAAUUUAAUGCUAAAUUCCAUUAAACGAUUACAAAGUUCCACUAGUGAUUGGCAAUCCUCUGAACGGUGGCGGAUCAACCUAGGAGCGGAAGGAGCGUGUGCUCGGGGCCUCGACGGUCAGGGAAAUCCUGUUGUUUUCCUCUAUUAUCUAAUUUCAAAUAGCUUGACCCACCACUGCCUCUGAAUGCUUGAAAGGCUUCAUUAUAUGAUUAAAAACCAUUGCAAGGAAUUUAAUUAAUUUUUUAACUAUUAGGGA